AUGCAGGAUGCCAAGGACGCGGUUACUAACAUCCGCUACUUGAAAGGAUCCACAGAUACAGCUGCGGCUCUGCGACUGACGGCAAAUACUAUGUUCAACACUUUCAGAGGUGCAAGAGGGGACAACUCUGGAGUAUCCAAAAUCGGUAAGAGUAAUGGCCGCCAAGUGAUCCCUUCUGGAAAAUCUAUAAUCCUGACCGAUGGACAGUCAAACAGCCCAGGUGACACUUCGCAUGCGGCACAACAACUCCGAGACGCCGGGGUGUCUCUGUUUGCUGUUGGUAUAGGGAAGGAUGUGGACGUUUCCGAACUCAACACCAUCGCCUCUGAUCCUGAUUGUAGUCACGUGUUUGAACUCGCGGGAUUUGACGAAGUUAUAGACUUUGUGGAACAGAUUAGAAGAUUAGCAUGUAAAGAGCCUGCGCAGCUUAAGUUGGGUUCUGACAUCAUCAGAACCUUACAGGCUGGACAGAAUAUGUUCUUGACUUUUGUCGCUGACGUCAACAAAGGGAUAAAAAUUGAUAUUGCAACACACAUGGGAGAAGUGGAACUUUAUCUUUCAGCGAAGACCAAGAACCCGAACAGCGCGUCGCAUCAGUGGAAAUGCCGGGGCAACAUGCAUGAAAGGGGGCGUUGUUUUAUUCCACCUGGGCAACUCAAGAAGCUGGUUCGAGAUGGAAGAACGCGUAUUUCCGUGUAUGCCGGAUAUGUGGCGGACGAGGCCGAGUUGGCCCGAUUUUACACGAUCAUCACUGCGGAUGGGAACAAGGAUGUCUAUUCAGUUGUUCUGACCGUAGCGUUAAUUUGCGUAAAAUUCUUGCUUAGUUAAGUAUUAAACCAGGGCCUGAUUCUAUUGCCAAAGUCUAAACGUGUGCAAUUGCUUGUGAUCACUCAUGUCCUUGUGUGUGAAACGUGAACUCCAUAUUUGUAUGCUUCCUUCUUGGUACCGUGCUAUGGACGAAGCCGUAAAAACGGCUUUUGAAGUAAGAAAAAUCCCUUGCCAUCGUCGUGGUUAAAUUAAAUUUUUUGUAGGAACAUUGUCUCGGGACCAGUGUAACUUCAUGGAUGGAAGAUUUUGUAUGCUUCUCUUCGAUACCGGUUCGUAACGCUAACUCAACAAUGCUUUAAUAUCAUGAACGGCGAUAUCUUUUCCGUGC